CAUCAACAGCACAUAGGUUUGGAACAUUGUUCAUGGCGGCUUUACCAUGUUUCUCAUGCUCAAGGUUGUUGUAGCCAACUCUUUCUAAGGCCUUUUCUCCAUAAUUUGGAUAUCUUCUAUCUUCUCCUUGCUAGCCUAAUCUUGCUAACCCUAAUAGCGACAACUAAAUCUUUGAGACCACCUCCAUGUGAAAAGGGAUCAAGUUUGUGCGAUAGCCUAAAGAAAGCCCAGCUUGUAGCCUUAUACAUGACCUUAACUCUUGUAGUAAUUGAUUCUUCUGGUUCACACUACAUGUUUGGAUCGAUGGUGGCAAACCAGUUCAACUUGGAUAAGCCCAAGCAU